AUGACAAGUGCGCCCACUUCCUAUGCUGUCUCAGCUGCUCCCGAUGCUCCUGAUGUCAUGCCCCGCAUACUUGGCGUGGAUGCAGUCUUUGCAUCGGAGAGCCAGAAUGACAGCGUGCCGGACGCAGAUGCCCCCAGCGGGUGCAAUUCUGAUGGCAGCGAGUCCGACUGGGAAGAUGAUGUCAAUCCUGUGGAAGUGGGAGAUGCUCGAGAUGACGACGGGGGUUUUGACUCUGACUAG